CCAUUGAGAAUAAUAUGGGUGCUUCCUGGACCGGAGCCUCGAACGAGCAGUGUAGUCAGCAGACCUCACAGCAGCGGACCUAGCAUGAAUGGCAGCAGCGGUAUUGACCACAUUACACACAGGUGAGAGGACUGACAGUCUGCUGAGUAUGGGGACGGAGAGUGAGAGCAUGUUGCAGCUAGCAGCCGAGGCUUUCCAGUCGAAAAACUUCGACCUAGCAGCGGAUAUCUACGAGUGCCAACUAGCGAGUCUGGGAGAUCCAGGCAGCCGACAGGAGCUGAUGGUGAAGCGGGCUGACGCGCUCGCCUUCGGGGGCAAAUUCACCGAAGCUUUCGACGCGUACCGACAAGCCUCGGAGACGGAGAGACUGAGACCUGUUCACCUGAGUAACCUCAUAGAGUAUCUAUCGGGUAGUAUUAGCAGACAAAUCAGGGGCGACGGUCAAAACAGGAGCUCGAAGAGAGCAGAAGAGGCGGCGGUAGGCGCGGCGGUGGCAGCAGCUCCACAACCGGGAGUUGUUGCUGCUACUGCGGCUACGGGCGUUGGGUACGAAGACGUCUCGUGCCGGAUAUGCAUGAGCUUUCUGUUCGAGCCCGUGACUCUCCCGUGCGGACACUGCUUCUGUAAGAAGUGCCUGGAGAAGGAGAGCAAGGAGAAGGACCGGCCGGUGAUGUGUAAGGAGUGCCGGGACAGCUCCAGAGUAGCGGACGUGCAGAGUUACCGGGUGAACGUGAUGCUGAGCAACCUGCUGGCCAAGUGGUUCCCCAGCCUGCACCAGGCCAGCCGGCUGCGGCGGGAGGGCAACGGGCUGUACGCAGACAAGAAGCUGGAGGCAGCGCUGGAGAAAUACAACCAAGCCAUACUGAUAGCACCCAUGGACCACAUACUGUUCAGUAAUCGCUCCAUGAUCCACUCCAGUCUGAGACACUAUGAACAGGCUCUGAGCGACGCUGAGGUGACCUGCAGACUCAUGCCUAACUGGUCCAAGGGUCAUGUUCGUAAGGCCCAGGCCCUGGUGUCUCUGGGCAGGACGGAGGAGGCUCUGAAGGAGUACCUGGUCUGUCUGUCCAUAGAGCCUGACUGUAGACCGGCCAAGACUGAGGCCCACAAGCUCCUCUGUGAUCUCCUGGCUCCAGUCACAGAUCAGGUCCCUGAACACAUCUCAGACUACUCCAAUACACUGUCUCUCAGAGCACACAUCAAGAGCAGUAUUAACGCUCCCCCCGAGAUCUUCAGUCCCAGCUCAGCAUCCAGUCUUGCCCCUGCUACUCCUGCAACUGAGAUGUCUGGCAGUGAGGUCAAAUGUCAGACAAAGCCUGACAUCAGGAGGCCGGACCGCUGUUUACUACUCAAAAGGAAACGGAGGAGCACAGAGGAGGAGGACGGUGGACAGGAGAGGAGAGACGACCACAAGAGAGCCAAGUCUGGUGAGCUUUUGGACGUAGCCACUGAUCCACUGAGUUCUGCGGUUGGUGACGUCUUGGACCCGUGCGAUCUGGAGUGUUCUCUGUGUAUGAGACUUUUCUACGAGCCGGUGACGACGCCGUGCGGUCACACGUUCUGUCUUCGCUGUCUGGAGAGAUGUCUGGACCACAACCCAAAGUGUCCACUCUGUAAAGAGGAGCUGUCUGAGUACCUGGUCCAGAGGCAGUACUCUAAGACAGUACUAAUGGAGAACCUGAUAUCGACGUAUCUUCCCUCGGAGCUCAUAGAAAGACAGAAAAUCCACCAGGAUGAGAUGGCUGAGCUCUCCAAUCUUAACAAGAAUGUGCCUAUAUUCGUGUGCACCAUGGCCUUCCCCACUGUGCCAUGCCCUCUCCAUAUCUUCGAGCCCUGCUACAGACUGAUGAUUCGCCGAUGCAUAGAGGCGGGAACCAACUGCUUCGGCAUGUGUCUGGGAGACGACCGCAAAGGGUUUGCAGACUAUGGGUGCCUGUUGGAGAUCCGCGAUGUGAAGUUCUUUUCCGACGGCCGCUCAGUCGUGGACACCAUCGGCAAACGGAGGUUUAAAGUCCUCCAGCACCACGAGAGGGACGGAUACAACACGGCUGAUAUAGAGUACCUGGAGGAUGUUAAGGAGGAGGAUCUGGCGGAGCGUGAGCUGCAGUCUCUGCAUGAUACGGUGUACGACCAGGCUCUGGUGUGGGUCAACUCCUUGAAGACGGAGCAGAGGGAACGCAUUGAAGGACACUUUGGACCCAUGCCUCAGAAAGACUCUGAAUUUCAGGACAGUCCCAACGGCCCCUCGUGGUGUUGGUGGUUACUCGCCGUUCUUCCGUUAGAAGGCCGAGCCCAGCUGCCGUUCCUGGCCCUCACCUCUCUGAAAGAUCGCCUCAGCGGCAUCCGCAAGGUGCUGCUCUUCAUGGCCCACAGCAGGCACCGGUGACUUUGACUCUCCGCACCUGGAAAAUGCAGUAACCCCUCCUUCCCGCACACACACCCUCCUCCAAAGCAGCAGUUGAGCUGCUGUUCUUCCUUUUUUUGACGCACAAAGAACUGACGUUGUUGCACCUUCCGUGUUGCAGCGCCAUCCCAUUCAGAAAGCAGCGCUGGACUCAUCUUUCUACAUCAAACUUUAACAAAAAAUGGGAGCAACAGAGACUAUUGAUUUGAAUACAUAAGAUAUCUUCCAUCCAUAACAUUCUCUUCCCACCAACCAUACAGACUUCUGCUACAGUAUAUUCAGACAGGAAGGACAUCUGAUUUCUUAAAGAGACAGUACAAAAGCGACCAGAUUUCACCUUCUGUCAUCGGAUGUCACUGUAAUAAUAAUGCGCACAUGCUACGUAUAUGUUUUUGUCUAACAUCUCCGUGUGUACAACGACAAACUGUUGUGCUGAUAUGUCUUCUAUUGUCCAGGUUCCACUGUUGCCUUUCUGGCCUUCCUCCAUCUUUGUAGUUCUAUGCUCUUCCUCUUGCAUACAUGCGUGUGAAAAACAAACAAACUUUGCAGUCUGAUAUGAGCACUUUCUCCAAAAA